ACCCGUAAAGGUGAUUAAAAACAUAAGAACGAAACUACACAGUCGCAAUCCUGUUAAUUCUCACUCUCAGUAGAAAACUCUUCUCGGCUCUCACUCUCGCUAGCCGCUGUCUCUACCACCGGGUUAAUACACAAAAAAUGUUUCUGAGAAGAAUUUGUGGAAGAAUAUUAUCGGCAGCUGUAACAUCAGAACAUUCAAGUGCUAGUGCAGCUGCUUCGGUAUCCGUGCGUAACCCUCUUGAGCAGUUCUUCGAGGUUGAUAGAGCAGCUGAUGAUGAAAAACGCGUAGUUUAUGGCCGUGGUUGGAAAGCUUCUGAAUUGCGCCUCAAGUCUUGGGAUGAUCUUCAUAAGCUCUGGUACGUACUCUUGAAGGAGAAAAAUAUGCUGAUGACGCAGAGACAGAUGCUCAAUGCUCAAAACUUGCGAUUUCCUAAUCCUGAACGUAUUUCAAAGACCUUCAAAGACAGCUGUGACGAGUUUUGAGCAUUGAGAACAGGUGCACUCUAGUGCUUCUGAAGGCCAUGGGGAGAACUUGGUUGGCACAUAGGCUGAGCACUGAGAAUGUGUGUGGCUUGGUGAGUUCAGAGGCCAUUGGAUGAAAAUGUUAAUUAGGAACAGACCGUGCAUAGGUUUGUGACGAGUUUUGAGCAUUGAGAACAGGCGCACUCUAGUGCUUCUGAAUGCCAUGGGGAGAACUUGGUUGGCACAUAGGUUGAGCACUGAGAAUAUGUGUGGCUUGGUGAGUUCAGAGGCAAUUGGAUGAAAAUGUUAAUUAGGAACAGACCGUGCAUAGGUUUGUAAGUUGCAUGUACGCAUGCAUGCAUGAGGUUUGUCUGACAUUAGGAUGAAAAUAGUGCUUCCAGAGUUCAGACAUAUGUG